AAGGCGAGACAGGAACUUCAUUCCUCUCUGUGUCAGGAUUCCAGAAAUUAUGCCCCUUCUCUCAUCAUGAGCUGGCUCUCCAGUUCCCCGGGAGUUGUGCUAACCGCUUACCACCCCAGCGGCAAGGACCAGGUCGUUGGGGAGAGCCAUGCAAAGGGAGGCGACGAAGCCACCACCAGUCGCAGAUAUGGACAGUACACCAUGAACCAAGAAAGUUCCACCAAAGUUACAGAGAGGCCUCCAUUUGAUCGAUCAAGUUCCCAGGAUUCUUUGGAUGAAGUAUCGAUGGAGGACUAUUGGACGGAACUAGAAAAUAUCAAAAGGUCUAAUGAAAAUCGCCAAGGAGGUCAAGAGGCCGUUGUUGUCAAAGAGCCUGAUGAGGGAGAACUGGAAGAAGAAUGGCUCAAAGAGGCUGGGUUGUCCAAUCUCUUUGGAGAGUCUGCCGAUGACCCCCAGGAAAGCAUCGUGUUUUUAGCCACACUGACCCGGACUCAGGCAGCAGCUGUUCAGAAACGCGUAGAAACGGUCUCCCAGACCUUGAGGAAGAAAAACAAACAGCACCACAUUCCUGACGUCAGAGACAUAUUUGCUCAACAGAGAGAAGCACAAGGAAAAUCUCCAGAUGGCUCAGAACCGCAGUCAGUCAGAACGAAUGAAAACAAAUGCCAAGGAAAAGAUGACCAGGGAUCCAGUGGGGCUGUUGAUAACAAGGAGCUGAUCCCACGGGUGCCUGAGGACAUACCUGCCCCUGAAACAGACAUCAACCUGGAGGUGUCCUUUGCGGAGCAAGCUGUCAAUCAGAAAGAACUCAGCAAGGAGAGGAUGCAGAAGAUGAGAGGCAAUGAUGCCUCAUUGCCUAGUUUCAGAGUGCCAAAAGAUAAAACCGGUACUACAAGGAUUGGGGACUUGGCCCCCCAAGACAUGAAGAAAGUUUGCCAUCUAGCCCUGAUUGAACUCACUGCCCUGUAUGAAGUGUUGGGCGUGGAACUCAAACAACAGAAAGCUGUGAAAAUUAAAACAAAAGACUCUGGUCUUUUUGGUGUUCCAUUAACCAUGUUGUUAGAACAAGAUCAAAGGAAAGUGCCAGGAACUCGAAUACCCUUGAUCUUUCAAAAACUCGUUUCUCGAAUUGAAGAAGGCGGUCUGGAAACAGAAGGCCUCCUACGAAUACCGGGAGCUGCCAUGAGAAUCAAGAAUCUUUGCCAAGAACUAGAAGCGAAGUUUUAUGAAGGGACUUUUAACUGGGAAAGUGUCAAACAGCAUGAUGCAGCCAGCCUGCUGAAGCUCUUUCUCAGAGAGCUGCCCCAGCCACUGCUGAGUGUGGAGUAUCUCAAAGCCUUCCAGGCUGUCCAGAAUCUUCCAACCAAAAAGCAACAGUUGCAGGCUUUGAACCUCCUUGUCAUCCUUCUACCUGAUGCAAACAGAGACACACUGAAGGCCUUGCUUGAAUUUCUGCAACGAGUCAUUGAUAAUAAAGAGAAGAAUAAAAUGACUGUUGUGAAUGUAGCAAUGGUCAUGGCCCCGAAUCUCUUCAUGUGCCAUACACUGGGUCUGAAGUCCAGUGAACAGCGAGAAUUUGAAAUGGCCGCUGGGACGGCAAAUGUCAUGCACUUACUGAUUAAGAACCAGAAACUUCUAUGGACAAUUCCAAAGUUUAUCGUAAACCAAGUGAGAAAGCAAAAUACUGAAAACCAAAAAAAGGAAAAGAGAGCCAUGAAGAAAUUGCUGAAGAAAAUGGCUUAUGACCGGGAAAAACAUGAAAAGCAAGAUAAACCUACAAAUGACGCUGACGUUCCUCAGGGAGUGAUUCGAGUGCAAGCUCCCCAUCUUUCAAAAGUUUCCAUGGCAAUACAGCUAACUGAGGAACUAAAAGCCAGCGAUGUGCUUGCCAGGUUUCUCAGCCAAGAAAGUGGGGUUGCCCAGACACUUAAGAAAGGAGAAGUUUUCCUGUAUGAAAUCGGAGGCAAUAUUGGGGAACGCUGCCUUGAUGAGGACACGUAUAUGAAGGACUUAUACCAGCUGAACCCAAAUGCUGAGUGGGUCAUAAAAUCCAAGCCACGGUAGAAGACUAACCGGAGGACUAGUGUCAUCAUUCUUGCUGGGUCAAGAGUGUCAAUAAAAGUCGCAGGUUUCUUAAUUAUUCAGCUGUACCCAGUUAUUACAAAGUGACACCCUCAAGCCUUAAAAUUAUAGAUUUUUGUGCCUGCCACAAUUGUUAAUUAUUAUUAUUAAAAAAUAUUUUUGGAGUAAGAGGAAAUGGGUUUAAUUAGCUUGUGGGCUGUUUAUACACACUUUAAAAUGUGUUCAGAUGUGACAGCUGUUUGUUUUUGUUUUUGGUUCUUUUUUUCUAUGAAAUAAAUUCUCUACCUUU